CUCGCCGUCAGUCAGUGUGUGAGUGCAGGAAAAUGGCCGAGACCAGUAUUUCAGUAGAUCAGCUUUCAGUGGAUCAGUUCAUCUGUCCAAUCUGUCUGGAUCUACUGAAGGAUCCAGUGACUAUCUCCUGUGGUCACAGUUUCUGUAAGGUGUGUAUUAAUGACUGCUGGGAUCAGGAAGAUAAGAGCGGAGUUUAUAGGUGUCCUCAGUGCAGAGACACUUUCACUCCAAGGCCCGUUCUACGCAGAAACAACAUGCUGGCUGAAGUGGUGGACAAACUGAAGAAGACUGAAGUCCAAGCUGCUUCUCCUGCUCACUGUUACGCUGGACCUGGAGAUGUGGAGUGUGAUUUCUGCAGCGGGAGAAAACACAAAGCCGUCAAAUCCUGUCUGAUGUGUCUGGCCUCCUUUUGUGAAACUCAUCUGAAACCUCACUAUGAAGUUCCUGCUUUGAAAAAUCACAAGUUAAUGGAAGCCUCUGGAAAUCUACAAGAGAAGAUCUGUUCUGAGCAUGAUGAAGUGUUGAAGAUCUACUGUCGUACUGACCAAAGCUUCAUCUGUUAUUUGUGUACGAUGCAUGAACACAGAGGUCAUGAUACAGUCCCAGCUGCAGCAGAAAGAACUGAAAAACAGAGUGAGCUAAAGGAGGAGCAGAUGAAAUCCCAGCAGAGAAUCCAGGAGAAGCAGAAGAAGGUGCAGGAGCUGAAACAGGCUGUGAACACUAUAAAGCUGAGUGCACAGACAGCAGUGGAGGACAGUGAGAGGAUCUUUACUGAGCUGAUCAGCUCCAUGGAGAAAAAGCGCUCGGAGGUGACGGAGCUGAUCAGAGCUCAGGAGAAGACUGAAGUGAGUCGAGCUGAACAACUCCUGGAGCAACUGGAGCAGGAGAUUGCUGAUCUUCAGAGGAGAGUCACUGAGCUGGAGCAGCUUUCACACACACACGAUCACAUCCAUUUCCUCCAGAGUCUCCAAUCUCUCUGUGUGUCUUCUGGACGUGAGGACUCACCCAGCAUCACUGUCAAUCAACAUCUCUCAUUUGAUGGAGUGACGAAAUCUCUCUCUGAUCUGAAAAAGAGCCUCAAAGAAUUCUGCCAGGAGGAAUUCAUCAAAAUCCCUAAACAUGCUGCAGCAGUUCAGAUGAUUUUACCCUCAGAACCAAAGAGCAGAGAAGAUUUUCUGCACUAUUUCUGUGAUCUGACUCUGGAUCCCAACACAGUAAAUUAUAACCUCAUUCUGACUGAGAAGAACAGAGCGGUGACGUACAGUGAGAUAAAGCAGCCGUACUCUGAUCAUCCAGAGAGAUUUGACUCCUACAGUCAGGUGUUGUGUAAGGAGAGUGUGUGUGGACGCUGUUACUGGGAGGUGGAGUGGAGCAGUGAGAGAUGGGUGUCCAUGUCAGUCUCAUAUAAAGACAUCAGCAGGAAAGGACGCGGUUAUGAGUGUUGGUUUGGAGGCAACAGUCAGUCCUGGAGUCUGUGGUGUUCUUCUUCUUCUCUCUCUUUCUGGCACAACAACAUUAGGACUGAUCUCAGACUUCCAUCAUCCUCCAGAAUAGGAGUGUAUGUGGAUCAAAGUGCAGGAACUCUGUCCUUCUACAGCGUCUCUAACACGAUGAAGCUCCUCCACAGAGUCCACACCACAUUCACUCAGCCUCUAUACGCUGGAUUCUUGCUAUUUUAUGGAUCAACUAUGAGAUUAUAUGAUCUAACAAAACACUUCAAGAAAUGUUUGACUGUUAAAGGAGAGAUGUGUGAAUUCUAUGUGCCCAAGGUCAUGUACUUGGGAUACAUUAUCAGUAAAGAAGAGAUGUUCGUGGACCAAGCCGAGGUCAACAUGAAGGAGAAGAAAUGGUUAACAGAGGAGUGUUUAUCACCUCUCUGUCUUUGUGCUCCUCCCCUCUCCCUCUCUCCAGCUCUCUUUCUCCCUAUCUGUCUCUCUCUCUCUCUCUCUCUCUCUCUCUCAGAUAUAUAUGUCUAUACACUUACUCACAGAACCAGAAAGUUCAUUUCAGUGAAAACAAUACUCAGAGUGCUGCUUUCUCUCUCUCUCUCUCUCUCUCUCUCUCUGUCAGUGUGUGAGUGCAGGAAAAUGGCCGAGGCCAGUAUUUCAGUAGAUCAGGAUCAGUUCAUCUGUCCAGUCUGUCUGGAUCUACUGAAGGAUCCAGUGACUAUCUCCUGUGGUCACAGUUUCUGUAAGGUGUGUAUUAAUGGCUGCUGGGAUCAGGAGGAUAAGAGCGGAGUUUAUAGCUGUCCUCAGUGCAGAGACACUUUCACUCCAAGGCCUGUUCUACGCAGAAACAACAUGCUGGCUGAAGUGGUGGAGAAACUGAAGAAGACUGAAGUCCAAGCUGCUUCUCCUGCUCACUGUUACGCUGGACCUGGAGAUGUGGAGUGUGAUUUCUGCAGCGGGAGAAAACACAAAGCCGUCAAGUCCUGUCUGAUGUGUCUGGCCUCCUUUUGUGAAACUCAUCUGAAACCUCACUAUGAAGUUCCUGCUUUGAAAAAUCACAAGUUAAUGGAAGCCUCUGGAAAUCUACAAGAGAAGAUCUGCUCUGAGCAUGAUAAAGUGCUGGAGAUCUACUGUCGUACUGACCAAAGCUUCAUCUGUUACUUGUGUACGAUGCAUGAACACAGAGGUCAUGAUACAGUCCCAGCUGCAGCAGAAAGAACUGAAAAACAGAGUGAGCUAAAGGAAGAGCAGAUGAAAUCCCAGCAGAGAAUCCAGGAGAAGCAGAAGAAGGUGCAGGAGCUGAAACAGGCUGUGAACACUAUAAAGCUGAGUGCACAGACAGCAGUGGAGGACAGUCAGAUUAUCUUUACUGAGCUGAUCAGCUCCAUGGAGAAAAAGCGCUCGGAGGUGACGGAGCUGAUCAGAGCUCAGGAGAAGACUGAAGUGAGUCGAGCUGAACGACUCCUGGAGCAACUGGAGCAGGAGAUUGCUGAUCUUCAGAGGAGAGUCACUGAGCUGGAGCAGCUUUCACACACACGCGAUCACAUCCAUUUCCUCCAGAGUUUCCAGUCUCUCUGUGUCUCUUCUGGACGUGAGGACUCACCCAGCAUCACUGUCAAUCAACAUCUCUCAUUUGAUGGAGUGACGAAAUCUCUCUCUGAUCUGAAAAAGAGACUGGAGGAAUUCUGCCAGGAGGAAUUCAUCAAAAUCCCUAAACAUGCUGCAGCAGUUCAGAUGAUUUUACCCUCAGAACCAAAGAGCAGAAAAGAUUUUCUGCACUAUUUCUGUGAUCUGACUCUGGAUCCCAACACAGUAAAUUAUGACCUCAUUCUGUCUGAGAAGAACAGAGCGGUGACGUACAGUGAGAUAAAGCAGCCGUACUCUGAUCAUCCAGAGAGAUUUGACUCCUACAGUCAGGUGUUGUGUAAGGAGAGUGUGUGUGGACGCUGUUACUGGGAGGUGGAGUGGAGCAGUGAGGGAUGUGUGUACAUAUCAGUCUCAUAUAAAGACAUCAGCAGGAAAGGACGGGGUAAUGAGUGUGUGUUUGGAGGCAACAAUCCGUCCUGGUGUCUGCGGUGUUCUUCUUCAUCUCUCUCUUUCUGGCACAACAACAUUAAGACUAAACUCAGAGUUCCAUCAUCCUCCAGAAUAGGAGUGUAUGUGGAUCGCAGUGCAGGAACUCUGUCCUUCUACAGCGUCUCUGACACGAUGAAGCUCCUCCACAGAGUCCACACCACAUUCACUCAGCCUCUAUACGCUGGAUUCUGGAUGCCUUAUGGACGAUCAACUGUGAGAUUAUGUGAUCCAAAAGAAAAUAUUUAAUAGGUGUAAUAUAAGUAAUUUAUUUUAGAUUUCCUAAUUUUCAUUUAUUUUAGAUCUUCUUCGUCUGUCUUUUAGGAGAUUUUAAUGUUAUAAAUGUGAAUGCUAUAUAAAAAUGCAUAUCAGAACCUUUUUUUAAAAAAACAUAUCCAUUAUAGUAAACAAUUGCUGUAACUUGCUGGGAAAUCCUUUUUUCACAUUUCAAAUUUAAUUUUUGAUCUUUCCAGUUUUGAUUAUUAUUAUGAGAAUAAUGUAACACUUCAACAAACUUCAGUAAUGCCCCCCUCAGUGUUCCAGGCCCUCACCAGCUCAUCUUCUGCCUGAUUUGCUGGGAAAAUUCAUCAUCACUUUGCUUGAUGAUAUUCACAUUUAUUCCCUGCCAGCAAAACACUUGAAGAAAUGUUUGACUGUUAAAGGAGAGACGUGUGAAUUCUAUGUGCCCAAGGUCAUGUACUUGGGAUACAUUAUCAGUAAAGAAGAGAUGUUCGUGGACCAAGCCGAGGUCAACAUGGUGAAAAAAUGUCUUGUUCCAAAAUCAGUUGAGCCAUUUCAGAGGUUUCUGGGAUUUGUUAAGUUUUACAGAUGUUUCAUUUUUGGAUUCAGCUCCAUAAAAACUAAAACUCACUGUAUGUAUUGAUUAUACUUUAUCUUCCAUUCCCAAGAGAGGAGGUCACUGUUCAUGGAGAAAUAGGAGAAUAGAGCAGGUCUCACACUGAGUUACAACCUAGAAGAAAAUGGGCAAGUGUAGAAAGCAAACUAGGAGAUAUACGAGAGACUGUGCUUGAUAUUUAUCCUGGUCACAAUACACCCAGAGCUCACUUUGUCUCUCUGCCACACAAUUAACCUUCAUCAUCUUGAACAAUUUACUCAGAAAGAAUAAAGAUUUAAAGAUUUGCUUAUAUAGUCAAAUCUUAGAUUCACACUGUUGAGGAGGAAAACUGUAGUAUCUCAUAGAGUAUCAGGGAUAUGGCACAGAAUAGAGGAGCUGAGUCCCAGCACGGGACAUCCUCGGUCCACUACUUUGUCCAGAAUUUCACAUCAGACAUCCUGAUUGUCCAGGUCCAUGUUCUAGAGGGAGACUGUGGAGGAAUUCAGCUCUCAGAGAGAAUAAGAGGUGUUCUGUCACAUCACCAUCUGCAAACGCCUUGAACUACAUUCCCCAGAACCCACCCUGACAUCACAACACGCCAGAGUCUGACUCCAUUUCCCAUCAGCCUCAUGGACUACAAACCACGUCACAUGACUCAAGUAACACACUAUGUCUCAGACACCAUGACCCAGUUCCCUGUCCUGUUCCUCCAUCAGAGUUCACACAAGUCCUCAGUGAAUAUAUAUCAUAUUGCAGAGAAAGGCAGGUCACACAAAUAGUGAUGAAUUGUAAUAAA